UUCCGCGAUUUCACAAUCGCGAUCGUCUGUAUGAAACACAAGCCUGUGGUUAAGUGUUUUUCCAUAGCGGACAUCCUGGUUCGUACUUUCUGAUCAUCCAUGCGGCAUGUCUUCUCACCACACAGCCAAGGCCUAGGACGGGUGUGAAUGCUGUACAGGUAACAUGGUCGACAGGAACGUCGAAGGGUCCCUGGCUCUAAGCCAGCAUGAUUCCUUCAGUCGAGGAUUCCUGGAAUGUGGUGUCUGCUUCGACCAGUUCAAGGACCCCAAGUUCCUCCCCUGCGUCCACACCUUCUGUAGACAAUGUCUGUCCGACUACAUCCAGAGUGUUUGUUCCAGACUAAACCCUCGCUUCAACUGCCCAACAUGUAGGGAAAAUAUUGAAAUUCCAAAUCCAAAUGAAUCAAUUGAUAAAUGGGCCAAUGGCUUCAAAGACAACUUUCUGAUCAAGAACCUUCUUGGCCUUGUGUCCAGUGGCACCGACUCUAUUCCCUCCGUACAAGCUAGGUUCUGCUACAAACACCCCGGCAAACCUUUGGAUUUUCUGUGUGUUGACUGUGAUGUGAUGAUCUGCUCGUCCUGUGCUCCAACCCUCCACAGGACGUGUCUUCAAGUGAUUACCUUGGAGGAGGCUGUUGCUGAGAAGAGGUCCAGGAUUAAGAUGUUUCAUCACUCAUUCUCUUCCCAUAUGGACCGGUCUGAGGCCAAGAAGGUCGAGCAGAUGAAGGAACGGGAUAAGCUGGAGAAACAGUACUGUACGGAGAAGAGGAAGAUCGUGGAGCACGUGGCACAGAUCGUGCAGAAGAUCAAGGAAGAAGAAGCCCAAGCGUUGAAUGACCUUGACCUUGCUUACAGCAGGUUUGACCACGAGCUGAAUGCAGAACUACGUGAACACACCAGACAGAAUCAGUUUCUCAAUCGUCUGAAAGAUGCAUCUCAUGAGCUGCUCCAUGGAGAGGACCUCCAUCGGGUUAUUGACCAGUACAGUGCUCUAGAACAGUACUGCAUUAAACUCUCCUCAUACAAGCAGAAGACUUCCUGUGACAUUCAGAUGCGGAGUCUGCAGUAUCAGGCGAAUCCCUGGAAGGCGUUACCACUGGGAAGCCUGAAACGCGAGUCACUAGCCAGACAGUUGAUGUUGUUGCCGAUCGCCACACCACCUCCCUCCCCAGGGGCACCGGCUUCCCCUGCCACCCCCACGUCCCCCCAGACGCCAGUUCAAAUCGGAAACGUCUCCCCUUUUGAACCACUCGUUACCGGAGGGCGGAACUUGAAGCUGGAAAGGAUCAUCUCUGCCAAAGUUAAAGGGGAUAAGAAUCAACCAAGCUUACGUGAUGCUGUUUCUGUAGCCGGUGGAGUUUUGGUUGUCACUGACGGGGAGAAUUUCUGUGUCAAGUCCUUCUACACCCAUGGCAAGAAGGAUAUGCAUAGCAAGCUGGUUCUGGAGAAGAAGCCACACGGUGUCUGUAAUUAUGUUGGCAACAUGGUGGCAAUCACUGUUCCUGCUGCCAAGCAAGUUGCCAUCGUGUCCGUCUCACCCAACCUCAUACUACAGACCAUUCUAAAGACCGAGCUGAAAUACUGGGGAAUCACCCAAGUAGGCACAGACGCAUUCGCCGUCAGCACCUGCCCAGGAACAGGACCGAUAGUCAUCAAUAUCAUGGACUUAGAAGGGAAUAUUCUCAAGUGUAUUCACAACGGAACAGCUCUUUUCGCAAACCCCCUCUACAUGUGCACCGUUGCCAGUGGGGACAUCAUGGUCUCCGACUGUACCGUGUCGAAGGUGGCCUGUCUGCGGUUGAGCGGUCACCUGCUACACAUGUGUCAGCCUCCGUUUGGCCAGACCAUUAAGAAGCCGAUGGGCAUGGCAGAUGAUGGUAGAGGUUACAUCUUUGUAGCUGACAGCAAGCCGGCCCUCGUGCUUGUUGACUAUACAGGGAACAUACGGUAUCUGCUGCACAAGACUGAAGGACUUAAGGACCCUAAAUGUGUGGCCAUUGGGCCUAAAGGAUCGGUGUUUGUUUGUAAUGAGAAUGGAAAGGUAGGAGUGUUCACUGUUCAGUGAAUAUGUUCGCCACCAGUUUCAUUCAACCCAUGGGUUCAUUUGACAUCUUGGCAGUUCCAGCACUGAAGGCGUCGAGCGAUGCCUCUUUGACAUUGACAUUUAUACUCUUCGACCAGAAGAACUGAAAUAUCUUGGGAACUAAAUACAAUAUCAUGGAAUUCCUUUUCAGCCCAAACAACCAGUGUCUGAACUACCGGUUAUUACGCGAAGAUAAAAACAUGUGACGUGAAACAUAGCAAAAUUAUUCAUGCCUUGGUUUGAGAUUAGCUAGAUCUAGAACUGAUCACUCGAUGACUGUUCUUCAGGCACAGAGACAGGCCCAUGUUACACGAGACAGCGUCUGUGUCUAGACGAUAAGGUAUGUGUACUCUGUAAAGGAUAUGACUUAUAUUCAGCUAUAUGUGAACAAUGGAUUCAUUCAAACACGUUAUUCAGCUUAAAGUGGGUCAACAUAGUUAUUCACUGAGCUGAAGCCUCUCCCCGUUAAUUAGACGUUAACGU